UCCGCUAACUACUUCCGGGAGUGUGUUAAUAUCAAUGAUUGCACUUGUGUGAUAUUAAAACACUGCAUUGGUGUUUGUUUUUUGUCGGUGUCGAAAAUGUCGUACAACUACGUAGUGACAGCCCAGAAACCCACGGCGGUCAACGCCUGCAUAACAGGCCACUUCACCUCUGCUGAAGAUCUGAACCUGCUGAUAGCCAAAAACACUCGUCUGGAGAUCUAUGUGGUCACUGCAGAGGGACUCCGGCCAGUCAAGGAAGUGGGCAUGUAUGGCAAAAUUGCUGUCAUGGAGCUCUUCAGGCCAAAGGGUGAGAGCAAAGACCUGCUCUUCAUCCUCACGUCCAAAUACAACGCCUGCAUCCUGGAGUACAAACAGAACGGCGAGAGCAUCGACAUUAUCACCCGCGCUCACGGCAACGUGCAGGACCGAAUUGGGCGUCCGUCUGAAACCGGCAUCAUCGGAAUCGUGGACCCGGAGUGCCGCAUGAUCGGCCUGCGGCUGUACGACGGCCUGUUCAAGGUGAUCCCUCUGGACCGGGACAACCGCGAGCUCAAAGCCUUCAACAUCAGACUGGAGGAGCUGCAGGUCAUCGACGUCCACUUCCUGUACGGCUGCCAGGCCCCCACAGUCUGCUUCAUCUACCAGGACCCACAGGGACGCCACGUGAAGACAUAUGAGGUCUCUCUGAGGGAGAAGGAGUUCAACAAGGGUCCCUGGAAGCAGGAGAACGUGGAGGCCGAGGCGUCCAUGGUCAUCCCAGUUCCUGAGCCAUUUGGUGGCGCUAUAAUCAUAGGACAAGAAUCCAUCACCUACCACAAUGGAGACAAAUACUUGGCCAUUGCACCACCCACCAUCAAGCAGUGCACCAUCGUCUGCCACAACCGCGUGGACCCCAACGGCUCGCGCUACCUGCUGGGGGACAUGGAGGGCCGGCUCUUCAUGCUGCUGCUGGAGAAGGAGGAGCUGAUGGACGGCACCGUGGCGCUCAAGGACCUCCACGUGGAGCUGCUGGGAGAGACGUCCAUCGCCGAGUGUUUGACCUACUUGGACAACGGCGUGGUGUUCGUGGGCUCCAGGCUGGGCGACUCCCAGCUGGUGAAGCUCAACGUGGACAGUAACGACCAGGGCUCGUACGUGGCGGUAAUGGAGACGUUCACCAACCUGGGCCCGAUCGUGGACAUGUGCGUGGUGGACCUGGAGAGGCAAGGCCAGGGCCAGCUGGUCACUUGCUCCGGUGCAUUCAAAGAGGGCUCUCUCCGGAUCAUCCGCAACGGCAUUGGGAUUCAUGAGCAUGCCAGCAUUGACCUGCCGGGAAUCAAAGGCCUGUGGCCGCUGCGCUCCGAGGCCGGCCGCGAGACGGACGACAUGCUGGUGCUGUCUUUUGUGGGUCAGACACGAGUGCUGAUGCUGAGCGGGGAGGAAGUGGAGGAGACGGAGCUCCCGGGCUUUGUGGACAACCAGCAGACCUUCUACUGCGGGAACGUGGCACACCAGCAACUAAUUCAAAUCACGUCGGGCUCCGUGCGCCUCGUCCUCCAGGACAGCAAGGCCCUGGUGAGCGAGUGGAAGGAGCCGCAGGGGCGGAACAUCAGCGUGGCGGCCUGUAACCACACCCAGGUGGUGCUGGCGGUGGGGCGGGCGCUGUACUACCUGCAGAUCCUGGCCGGGGAGCUCAAACAGAUCAGCACCACAGAGAUGGAGCAUGAAGUGGCCUGCCUGGACAUCACGCCUCUGGGCGAGGGCGGCGCCGAGUCGCCGCUGUGCGCCGUGGGACUGUGGACCGACAUCUCGGCCCGCGUGCUCAAACUGCCCUGCUUCACGGCCCUGCACAAGGAGAUGCUGGGCGGAGAGAUCAUCCCUCGCUCCAUCCUAAUGACCACCUUCGAAGGCAGCUACUACCUUCUGUGCGCGCUGGGAGACGGCGCGCUCUUCUACUUCGGGCUGGACCUGCAGACCGGCGCCCUGAGCGAGCGGAAGAAGGUGACGCUCGGCACGCAGCCCACCGUGCUCCGCACCUUCAGGUCCCUGUCCACCUCCAACGUCUUCGCCUGCUCCGACCGGCCCACCGUCAUCUACUCCUCCAACCACAAGCUGGUCUUCUCCAACGUCAACCUCAAGGAGGUCAACUACAUGUGUCCGCUCAACUCCGAGGGAUACCCCGACAGCCUGGCUCUGGCCAACAACAGCACCCUGACCAUCGGCACCAUCGACGAGAUCCAGAAGCUGCACAUCCGCACCGUCCCCCUCUACGAAUCCCCCAGGCGGAUCUGUUACCAGGAGGUCUCGCAGUGUUUCGGCGUUCUGUCCAGCCGGGUGGAGAUCCAGGACGUGAGCGGCACCACGUCGGUGGUACGGCCCAGCGCCAGCACGCAGGCGCUCUCCAGCAGCGUGAGCUCCAGCAAGCUCUUCCCCAGCAGCACUUCCCCCCACGAGACGUCCUUCGGGGAAGAGGUGGAGGUUCACAGCCUGCUCGUCGUGGAUCAGCACACCUUUGAAGUUCUCCACGCCCAUCAGUUCCUCCCCAGCGAGUACGCCCUCAGCAUGGUGUCGUGUCGCCUGGGGAAGGACCCGUCGGUGUACUUCAUCGUGGGCACGGCCAUGGUCUACCCGGAGGAGGCGGAGCCUAAGCAGGGCCGGAUCAUCGUCUUCCACUACACCGACGGUAAACUGCAGACGGUGGCAGAGAAGGAGGUGAAAGGAGCAGUGUACUCAAUGGUGGAGUUCAACGGGAAACUGCUAGCCAGCAUAAACAGCACAGUGCGUCUGUACGAGUGGACGGCCGAGAAGGAGCUGCGCACCGAGUGCAACCACUACAACAACAUCAUGGCUCUGUACCUGAAGACCAAAGGAGACUUCAUCCUGGUCGGGGACCUGAUGAGGUCCGUGCUGCUGCUGGCCUACAAACCCAUGGAGGGGAACUUCGAGGAGAUCGCUCGUGACUUCAAUCCCAACUGGAUGAGCGCGGUGGAGAUCCUGGACGACGACAACUUCCUGGGCGCGGAGAACGCCUUCAACCUGUUUGUCUGCCAAAAGGACAGCGCGGCCACCACGGACGAGGAGCGGCAGCACCUGCAGGAGGUGGGGGUCUUCCACCUCGGGGAGUUCGUCAACGUCUUCUGCCACGGCUCGCUGGUGCUGCAGAACCUGGGCGAGAGCUCCACGCCCACCCAGGGCUCCGUGCUGUUCGGCACGGUUAACGGCAUGAUCGGUCUGGUGACGUCCCUCUCCGAGGGCUGGUACAGCCUCCUGCUGGACCUGCAGAACCGCCUCAACAAGGUCAUCAAGAGCGUGGGCAAGAUCGAGCACAGCUUCUGGAGGUCUUUCCACACGGAGCGUAAGACGGAGCAGGCCACGGGAUUCAUCGACGGGGACCUGAUUGAAAGCUUCUUGGAUCUGGGCCGGGCCAAGAUGCAGGAGGUCGUCAGCACUCUGCAGAUCGAUGACGGCAGCGGCAUGAAGCGCGAAGCCACGGUGGACGAGGUGAUUAAGAUCGUGGAGGAGCUGACGAGGAUCCACUAGUCCCGGCCGCCGCCCAGCCCCUCCGGCCGGCGGGGGAGGGGAGCGGAGCGCUGUGGGGAGCUCUUUUUUUUUUUUGCAGAUUUGUAAAUAGUUAUAAAUAAACGGCGUGUGCGUGUGGGAUCUUCAGCGUCGGGUUGCUCGAUACCCUGGCGGCGGCGCUGCAUGGCGGGAAAGCUGCAGGCGAAGCACGUGGCACAACCGCUUUAAAACAGCAGAGCGACCAAAGUGGAGACGCUGGUCUGCGUGUGUUUGAGUGUGUGUGUGAUUGUGGAAUAAUGCGUGAUCAUGAAGAGCAGAACAUAAAUUUUCCCCAGAAAAAAACCAACGCUCAGGCUGAGGAUGAUCCGCUCCUUCACUUCCCUCUGUUUCAGUCUGAUUUACUCCUUUCAGGUUUGUUAUUAAAGUCAGACGCACGCAAACGACGAUGAAGAAGAUGAUAGAUUUAUAGCUAUUUUGUCUUUGUGAUGUUUUUUCUUUGUUUAUUUGAAUAAACUUUGCUUUAGUACAGUUCA